UCGGACGGGACCGCGUUUGGACCUGCCCCGGCUUUUCUCCGCAUUCUGUCUCCAUGCGACCCGAUUUUUUGUCUUAAAGUCGACCCGCCCCCGGGUGGUUUCCCCAGGAAUUCCCCCCGGUUGAGUCGGACAGAGAAUCACCCGGACGGACCCUACAUUAUGGACACUGAUCGGAAGUCAAUCACCCAGGAGGAAGCCGAGAAGGGGUCGAUGUACCAUGAAGAUAUCGCCAAGGAUGUUGCGCACCAGGUGGGAUUGACGCCGGGGGAACAGGUGCUGGAGAAGAAGCUGCGGCGACGGAUCGAUAUGUUGAUCAUGCCGCUGGUGAUUCUGGUCUACCUGAUGAACUACAUCGAUCGGAAUAACUAUGCGGCGGCCAAGCUCCAGGGCUUGAAGGAGGAUCUCCACAUCGACGAACAGCAGUACCAGGUGGGUCUGUCGAUUCUGUUCGUCGGUUAUAUCCUCAUGCAGACUCCGUCCAACCUCCUGCUCAACUACGUCGGCCGUCCGUCCUUCUAUCUCGGCUUCUUCGUCUGUGCAUGGGGACUGGUGUCUGCCGUGACAAGCCAGGUGUCUUCCUACGGUGGCAUCGUGGCGUGUCGGUUUAUUCUGGGCCUGGUCGAGGCACCAUUCUUCUCCGGAGUUCUGUUCUACCUCUCCAAGUGGUAUACCAAGAACGAACUCGCCCUGCGCAUGAGUAUCUUCUACUCGGGCUCUCUCCUUAGUGGUGCUUUCGGGAACCUGAUCGCGGCCGGAAUCCUGGACGGUCUGGCCGGAGAGCGCGGCAUCUCCGCCUGGCAAUGGCUCUAUAUCAUCGAGGGCUCCAUCACGGUCGCAUUCGGUCUCGUCAUCUGCAUCAUGUUGCCCGACUUCCCCGAGACGUGGAAGCUCCUCUCCCCAGAGAUGAGAGAUGUGGCCUCGCGCCGUCUGGCUGUCGAGGCCGCCGAAGCGGACGUCGACGCCGAGGGCGGCGCGGGCCAGCUCCACGGUCUCAAGCUCGCCUUCACGGACGUCAAGACCUACGUCCUGGCGCUCGCCUACCUGGCCAUCACGGGGGCCAGCGGGUUUCAGAACUACUUCCCGACGCUCACACAGACCCUGGGCUACAACAAAAUGGUGUCGCUCCUGCUGGUCGCGCCGCCCUACAUCUUCAUGGUGUUCUUCAGCCUGACGCACUCGUACCUCUCCGAUCGCUACAACCGACGCUUCUGGUUCUUCGUGUACCCGAUCCCAAUCACAAUCGUCGGCUUCAUCCUCUUCACGAAGACCACCAGCUUCGCCGCACGCUACAUCUCCUUCUUCCUCAUGAUCUUCGUCUUCGCCCAGUUCGGCACCUUCUUCUCCUGGAUCGCCAACUCCAUCCCGCGACCGCCCGCCAAGCGCGCCGCCGCCUACGGCUUCAUCAACGCCAUCGGCAACUCCGCCAGCAUCUGGACCCCCUUCACCUACCGCGAGCAGGACGACCCGGAGUACCGCCCGGCUAUGGGGGUGUGCAUCGCGCUGCAGGUGGUCGCGGCGCUGUGCGCGGUCUUCCUUUACUUCCACAUGCGGCAUCAGAACCGCCAGCUGGAACGGUUCGAGAAUGUCGACGUGCCGCUGAGCGACGCCGACCGGGCGCAGUUGCAACGGACGGCCGAGGUGGAGGGUGUCUCUGUCGAGCAAGCUCGCCAGCUGCAGAAGGGGUUCCGAUAUAUGUUGUAGUUAUCGACUGGCGGGGAUUAUGAUGAGUUUAGUGUCUUGCUUUAUGGAAUUG